AGAAACAAGAUGGCAUACCUCCUCCUCCCCACUCUUCUCCUCCUCCUGAGUCGAACAAUCGCCUCCCCCAACCCAAUCAACUACUCACGCCAGACUCCCUCUUGCACACCGUCCUCCUACACCCUCCCUACUUACUUAUACACCUCUACCUCGGCUUACUCCUCAGACUCCCUUCAAAACCCCUUGCUGAACCUAACGUUCAUCUCGUCUUUCCCGGACUCCUCAAGUAUCGCGGACUCCGCGACCGCAGGAGCAGAUUGCAUCGCCAGCGCCGUGGAUAGAGAUACUUUCCCGAACGAGAUUGAGUGCAGCACCGGUCGAGAAAAUCUAUUCAUCGGACUCCAAGGAGCGAUCGAUGAAGUUGGAACAGGGAUCAAGGGGUUUGUCAUGAUUCAUUCCUGGGGGUGUGAUGGACAAACGUGGAUGUCUACAACACCCGUCACCAUCCCCGAACUACACUGCGAAAGUGGGGAUGAUGAAGGGGUACAAUGUAUGACGGACGCUCCUGUGGAUAUUGCGCCGCAGAAUGUGAGGAGGGUUUGUGCGGGGCCCACUUGUUAG